UUAGCACAUGUCUUUGUGUUGUUGGCGUCAUACACAUGUAUCAAUGCAAAGGAACUGGAUUCUACUACUUUAGAAAAAUUCCAGUCGGCAAUAUAUGGAAAAAUUAUGGCUCACUUAGAUGCAGAAUAUCAACUUCUGCAACCGGAACUUCUUGAACAAAAUCGUAGCAUGGAAAUAUGCAGAGGAAAAAUCGUAACGGCACAGGAAGCAUGUAGAGCAUGUGCAAUAGACCGCUGUCAAUGGGAUAUCGGAGACUGGAUCAUAGGUGGUCUUGAUAAUAUUGGUGACUGGUUCCACGAUUUUGGCAACAAAAUUGUUGAUUGGAAAGGCUGGAGGGAUAUGGGUGACUUCUUCGGAAAAAUUGAUAAUUGGUUCCAGGAUGCAAAAAAUAGUUUGGUAAACUGGAAAGGCUUUAGUGACAUGGCUAACUUUUUCGGCAGAAUUGGCAAUGCAUUUUCAAGUGGAUUCAAUUCCAUUAAAAACACGUUAGGGAACGCAUUUUCUAGUGGAUUCACAUCCGUGAAGAAUACAUUAGGCAAUGUUGGCAACAAAAUAGGCAGUGGGAUAAAAAGCAUAGGCAGUUUCCUCAGUAAAGGAUUUGGCAAACUGUUAGGAAGACGCAGGCGUAGCGUGAAAACCACGCGACUUUCUUCUAUAGUUAAGAGAAGUCAACAUAUUGACGAACGAACAAAGAAAUGCAUGCAAAGGUGUCACGAAUGUCAGCCAUUUCUUGGUGACCAGACUACUUUAAUUAGAGGAGUUUGUGGAAAUCAAAUCUUGGCCGACCAAGAAGAAUUGGAUCAGGUGAUCGCCCAUAUGCAGGCUCUGUAUAAAGCCAAUGGUAACCCUCUAGAAGGCACAGAUCCCAUUGUCUCCAAGAUCGAAUUCGACGAGACAGACUUUAGCGUCGCCGACUUCAGUAUGGGAGGAGUUUACGUAACGGCAAACACUCCUACUGGUGUGUUUAGAUACGCUAGUAAAUACCGCUACAACGUGCAAUAUCCACAGACAACCGCCGACGAGUUGGCUCAAGAACUUAUUGACAUGUGGAAUCGUUGAGAAUAUAUUUGAACAUGUUUUGUUUGGUUUAAACAAUAUUUAUUUCUUCUUCAAUAUUUACAGACAAAAUUACAAUAUAUAAAUUGCAUUCAGGAUUGAGUAGAAAGCUUAAAGCUUAUAUGAAACUAUCUCCUGGAAGAUUAUAAUUAUAAUAGAACAUGUUGUGUUUGUACAAGAAUUCCAGAUAAGAAAUUAUUUGACUUAAUAAAAUUUUGUGAGAAUACGUCCUAUUAAGCAUGAACGCUGAUUUCUAUGUUUGUGUUUUAAUUUUGAUGAAUAUUAAA